UAGUAGAGAACCCGGAAGAGGCCGCAGGCUUCGUGGAAGGCCGCGUACACGAUGGCUUUUUGCAGUCGAAGAGGACCUGAGGGCGCUCAAUGUUCAGGGCGACUGGAAGCGAUUGGCCCAGGAUCGAGUCCAGUGGAGAAGGAUACUCCAUUCGGCGUAGGUUCAUCGAAGAGCUGUAGCCCAUCAAGUAUCAAUGCAUUCUCAACCUAUCACCGUCGAGCUGUCAACGCCUCUUCCCUCACCAGUUCAAACCUGAGACGUUCAAACGAUCACAACAGCGGAUACGACAGCAAAACUGUUGCUUUUCAAAAUUAUGCGGGAAAGUGUUUUCGGAUGUUCUUUAAAUUCAAUGCCUCGAAUUCGUGCAGUCCAAAUCAAUAUACAAAAAUCGGAGGACAUAGGAAAUGUAUGGCGCAAUGUUCCCAGACGGCUUCGAUUUCCAACCAAACCCCAGCCAGGGACCGGAUCUCGUUCUGGGGCAAUCACAGUGGCCACCGUGUUGAAAUGCUGCAACCUACAUCAUCUAGAAAAACUGCUUGAAAUCAUGAAAUAAAAAUAAAAGUAUCAUUGCGAUUA